UGUUCUACACCAGACACCAUGGCCGCUUAUCUCUUCCUUGUCGUGUUGGCUGUGGCUCUUGCCAUGACAGCUGGCAACCCUCGCCCCACCUACGGUCAGUCUGGUCAGUCCUUCAACGGGGCUGACAUCUUGAAGGACGAGAGGACACAGAACGGCUACGGCGAGUAUAACUUUCAGUACCAGACCAGCGACGGCAUCACACGGCAGGAGUACGGCAGCCAGAACGACGGUCAAGUCUCCAAAGGUGGCUGGAGAUACACGUCCCCUGAUGGUGUACCUGUCGAUAUCAGCUUCGUGGCUGACCACGGGGGUUACAAGCCCCAGGGCGCCGUCCUUCCUGUGGCCCCACCUCUGCCUUACAAGCGGUCACAACAAAACUAUUGAGGCAGCUUUUCCAGACUGACAGCGCUGUAUAGCCCUUGUGGUUUAGCGCUUCUUUAUGAUAAUAAUAAUAAUAAUAAUCAUAAUCUUCCAGAAUGAGGUGGUUAGGCCCUAUACUUAGUUACUCCAUUUGCCUGCCCAUACAGCGACCUUCUCUCUCUCAGCAUCACCAGAAUAAAAAAUCAGGAAGCUUACUAACACCGUCUGUCAAUGAAAUGUAUCUUAUGCUUCAUAUACAAGUCAUUGGACUAAAUUCUGCUGUAGUUGUCUUGAAUUUUAGUUGAUAUUCACCUAAGAAUUUUUGUUAUAUUGGCUGGCCUUUCACAUUAUCUGCUAUUUGUUCGUCAUAUUAUAUUCGUUUUCCUUUCUUUGGAUUAAGUUACGUCAGAGGCAAAAUUGUUCACUUACUAAUGCUUAAUCUGUGAUAAAAAAAAAAUAAGGGAGUAUUGGCAAUUAUUGAGAAGCAUCCGUAGAGUCAAGUUGAUGAAGUUAAGAUGGUUGGUGCUAGUGAAGACAAUGAAGACAAUACGUGAAUACUUUUCCCAAGUUAAUUAGUUAUGUGCAUUUUUUGUAUCGAUUUGCCAUGUUUACAUUAGUCAACGAAAGUAAUUUUUAAAAUGCAGCUGAACCUUUCUAAAAUUUACGCAGAAUAAUAUUGCCAAACAUACCUAAUUUUUCUAAAAAAAAUUGAUAAUUCUAUUAAAAACAAGCAGUGAGUCACACAGCAAGGAUUUAUUAAAUCAACGUGUCGUUCAUUGUAACUUGUUGAAGCUCAUACUAGGAGAAACGGCGUUUUAAUAAAGGCUUACUCUAACUGAACCAAACCAUACCACGGGAGGGGUUAGAACCCGCGAUCAGAGAGUCACAAAACUGCAGACCGUCGCGUUAGCCACUUUUAUGACUCAUUUUUGUAACUGGUCUGACUGGUGUUGUCAUGGUUCAUCUAGCGCGAUAUUUCUUGUACUUCAUAUUCCUGUUCACAAAAGUCUAGACAAAAAUAAAGCUCAGAACUCAGUUUGAUUCACUGGCAUUGUUAAGUGAUAACAAACGAUAACUGCCUUUAGAGAGGAGAGCAAUAUUUGAUGGAUUAAGCUUUACUUUUAAACUCACGUGGCUGCUGUGGCACAUUUAUCGUAUUGCUCAGCCACAGCAUCAGUGAGUUAAUGGUGAUAACCGAUAACAUGUGGAAAAACACACUUAUGUACAGUUCACGACAAGGCGAAACGUUUCCUUUAAUAUAUAUAUUAUAUUAGAAUUUUUUUUUUAAUAAGAGUGAAUAACUCCCUUAAUCCUGUAGGAACAAGAACUUAAGUUACCAAAAU